UAGAAACAAAAUCUGUAACAAAUCAAAACUGUAAUUCUGAAAAAGAAAAAAAGAAAAAAUAAAAAAAGUAUUUUCCAGUUUAUUCCUCUUCGCGUCAUACAGCAGCAAAAGACUACCUAUUUACAUUGCCUUCCCCUGUCGAGUCCUCCGUUGACGGGGAUACAACUUAUUUUUCACAUUUUCUAAACAAUGGCUGAUUUUGAAACUGAGAAGCCAUUAAGGAAGAUGUCGGAGGCGUUUAAAGAGCUAGCCGUCACUGUAAGCUCACAAUCUGCUGAUGUAGAAGUGGCGCCAUUUUCUCGCGCUUGUUCUCUGGUCUCUCCUCUCUUUGGCUGCUUAGGUAUCGCCUUCAAGUUCGCUGAAAUGGACUAUGUUGCUAAGGUUCGUGAUCUUGCAGAAUCUUCGAAAUCGAUUGGGUCUUUGCAAGCGUUGUUGGAUAGGGACAUACAGGAGAAUUGUGUGAAAAAAGCUGGUAGUCAUUCGAGAAAUCUUUUGAGGGUAAAGCGUGGGAUUGACAUGGUCAAAGUGCUUUUUGAGCAAAUUCUUGUUACGGAGGGGAAUUCUUUGAAAGACCCAGCUUCCAGGGCUUAUGCGCAGGUAUUUGCUCCCCAUCAUGGAUGGGCUAUCAGGAAAGCUGUUGCUGCAGGAAUGUAUGCUCUUCCCACUAAAUCACAACUUUUAAAUAAACUGAAUGAAGAUGAGACUUCAGCUAAGAUUCAAAUGGAGUAUUUUAUUGCUGCAUCUGCACCAGUCAUUUUAUACAUCGACAAACUCUUUCUUUCAAGAGAAUUGGGUAUAGAUUGGUGAACCAUUUGACUGCUAAAAUAUAUAUUAUUUGUAUUGUGUUUCCCCUCUUUUUCUUUUGGUUCAGAAUGUUCAUAUUAUUACAAGACAUGAAGUAGAGUCGAUAUAAUUACUAGUUAGCUCAUGAAAUCACUCAAAUCCUAUAACACAAGUGUAAUACGGAGUUGAAUUUUUUUUAGUAUGUUGCUAUUCAAUUGUAUUUGUAAUUUUACAAUUUGAAGUUGGGAAGUGUAUUUUGUGCAUUUGCCAAA